ACCCGCCGAGAUCAAUGGAGCGCGUAAGCCGUCGCGACAUCUUCACAUCGUUGCCAGCUAGAGUCCAAUGGUUGCAUUCGUUCCUGGAGUUCGGAACUGCUUUGAUAUCUGGUCAAAAGUACAUCAAAGCAGUCAUUCCCGCUAUCGUCAAUAUCGUGUAUAAGAAGCUUCUCAAAUACGACAUCACAGCUCGUGUCUUUGUCACAAGGGACAGCAAAGAUGAAGGUCCAGUCGAGAGUUGGCCUACGGAAGACAGUGCCCAGAUCGAGCACAGAAAGAUGGCAAGUCUAGGAUGUCAGCAACCGUGUUCAUCUAUAUCUGACUCUCUACAGUUUCUUAGAUGGUACCUCACAAAACUCAACUCAGACUGCACGCGAAUGGACUACUGGGAAUAUCUUGACAAAGUCGGGUACGUUGUUUGCCAAUCCGAUAAUCCAGCCAUAUCCAAACUUCGAACGUCAUCCACUCACACUUCUCCAACAGCNUUGAUGCACGUAGGCAGAGGUCGCCAGAACCCCCUCCAUGUCGACUAUGUCUUCCUAGGCGCAUGUCUAGGCUUCAUCCAAGACUCCCUCUUCGAAGCCAUCCUCUCCCACCCCCGCCUCGAAAUGCACCGCAAAAUCGCCAUCGUCAAAGCCCUCGGCAAAGUCAUCUGGAUCCAAAACGACCUCAUCGAACGAUGGCACAACACCGACGGCUCCGAGUUCAUCGAAGAAGAAGCCGACACGCUGCUAGGGCAAAUCCAAGAGGAGGAGCGCGAAGGCUAUCUCCACGGCAANAAAGUCCUCGGCGACGACGGCUCGUCUAUCAACACAAGCCGCACAGGCAGCAGCGGCAAGAGCACCGACAGCGGAAAAACAUCACUGGGUCGUCCGAUCGAAGAAGCCACACACCUUGGCGAUGGCAUGAGCAGAUGCCCGUUCAGCGGUAUGGCACGUUCAGGCCCCAACCCUGCGGACUUGGAGCGCCAGCGUGCGACAUCGACGCGCUCGCCGCGUGUCAAUGGCACAGCGCCCGAAGUCCUUCAACAGUAUCACUCCCCGGGGACCCCUCGUAUUCGCAUAAUUGAUGGCAAAACAGUGCUGAAGGAAAACCUGGACCCUCGCCCCUUCGAGUCUAACACG